AUUAUUCCCGGGAAAGGAAUCAAACAAAUUAUUUAUUCAUUUAUUUGAUUUUUAUACAGAUUUUUGAACUCUUCGUUCCACACUUAAGAAAAACGUAUAGUACAAAGCUGAAGAAGAUCAGAAAACAAUUCGAAAACAUUAUGUACCUUAGAUUUAGCAACACAGUGAUAGGUUUCUUGAAUCUCCUCACUCUGCUAGCGUCGAUUCCGAUCAUCGGCGCCGGACUAUGGCUGGCGAGGAGCAGCACAACCUGCGAGAAGUUCCUCCAGACGCCGAUGCUCAUCAUCGGCUUCAUAAUCCUCGUGGUUUCGCUCACCGGUUUCAUAGGCGCGUGCUUCCACGUUGCAUGGGCGCUGUGGUUGUACCUCUUCGUCGUGCUGCUCAUCGUACUCGCACUUCUGGGGUUCACCAUCUUCGGGUUCGUCGUCGCCAGCCCUGGCGGCGCCGCCGCCGUCCCCGGCAGGGCGUACAGAGAGUACCACCUCGGGAAAUAUUCGCCGUGGCUCAAGGAUAGGGUGCGGGAUCCCCGUUCUUGGACCACUAUCAGGGCUUGUAUUUUGGGUUCAAAAACUUGCGCUACUGUUGUUAAUUGGACUCCCUAUGAUUUUCUCUUCAGAGACAUGUCCCCCAUACAGUCGGGGUGUUGUAAGCCGCCGACUUCAUGCAACUCUGCAGGGACGACGGUGAUGGCGGAGGAUCCGGAUUGUUACCGGUGGAGCAGCGACGCGAAUUUGCUUUGCUACGAGUGCGAUUCGUGCAAGGCGGCGGUGUUAGAGGAUGUGAAGAGGGAUUGGCAGAAGAUAUCUGUGCUUAACAUCGUCGUCCUGGUUUUCCUUAUAGGCAUAUACUCCAUUGGUUGCUGUGCUUUCCAGAAUGCAAAGAGGGCUGAGACCGAGUACGAGCAUGGCCCCAACCGGAUGUCCAAACUCCGACCCAGAUGGGAUUUCCAUUGGUGGAGAUGGCUGCACUACAAGAGACACCGGCUUACCUAAACCAAGGACCAGAGCUCCUCCUCUACAAGCUUGUGUUUUAUGCAAGAGAUGGAGACAAUAAAACCCUUUUGUUAUAUAGACAGAUUUGUUUUUUUAGCUUUACCCAACUCUUGCUUUUUCAUCACUACUUUAAUGUCUUUACACAUUGAUAUAAUGUUUAUAUAUGCAUAAAGACAGAAUGGACAAGAUCAUGAAAAAAGUUGGGGUAUACAUAUAAACUUCAUUCUUCAUUUCUUUA